ACUUCAUAAAGAGGAGUUGAAGCUUCGACAAACAGCAGUUGUCAGGAGUCACAGUUGAGGAACAAAUUUUGUGUCCCACAAAAACUCUCCUCUGAUGCCGGGUGACAUGGAGAACCUGCGGAAGAGAUCCGUGGCUGAAGGCUCAGAGAGCUGUGGUGAACGGCGCUGUGUCGGGCCUCAGCAUCUAGAUCCAUGCACAGUGGAGACGCCUCCUCCAGACUCCUCUGCACAGCACUUCUGCCACUACACGCCCAAAUGUUUCAUCACCGUCCACAAAGGACCUCAAGCCACCUCAGCCCGCUCUACUCCAUCCCACUACGGGGAGGACGGAUGGCAUGAAGCCACCUCCAAGACCACGAUCAGAGUUGAGAAUGAAGUGGAGGCUCACAGGGAGGCCAACAACUACAAGUUUGGCUUCAGAAAAUGGAAGGGCCAUGUAACAGAGAGGCCCAUAGAAGACAGAUCAGAUAUCGUCAAAGAGCUUUAUUCUAACCUCAGUGUUGUGAAGCCUCAAGAAGGCUCAGUGGUCACCUUUGGAAAUGUAAUUUAUGUGUUUUUAUUUGGAUGGUGGAUAUCGUUAAUCUACUUCCUCGUUGGUUUGGUAAUGUUUGGAACAAUCUUCGGUUGCCGUUAUGGAAAAGUUUGUUGGAAGCUAGCAUUGUACUUCCUUUGGCCAUUUGGGAAGUUUAUAGAGAAGCCUGGCAGAAUUCAUAGAUCCCCUGAGAAGCCUCCAGAUGGUGACGAAAACAUAGCUGCUGAGGACGCUGUGGGCGCCAAAGACUCUGCACCUCUUCUGGUAUCGUCCCCAAUCAGUGCUGACUUCUCCAUGCCAGUCCCUGUUCUGAACCCUCACAUUGUUUCAAUCUCCGUCGCACAGCCGGAAGAUAAGAAUACUUCAGUCUACUGGUGUCACAUCAGUACCUACAUUUGGUUCUUACUGGGUUACCCUGUCCUGGCGGUGGUCCACUGUCUUGCUUGUGUGCUCUCCUGGCUGCUGGUCUUCACCAUCCCAGUAGCAAAACUGAAUGCUCGCAUUCUGACCACUGUCCUCCUCAUGGCACCCAAAGACGUCCAGAUUCAGAGACUGGAAAAGACACUCAGUGUUGAGAGGAGAGUUAUCUUGUGCUGUUACCGUGCUUUCAAUGUGUAUUACUACAAAUAUACCAUCCAAGGGAUCAAUAUUUUUGCUCUCAACCUGCUUCCCCUGGUUUUAAUCACUUUGAUUGUUGGAUAUACUGACCGUGAACACAAAUACUUCAGCGCAGAGACCACAUUUGCCACAGCCAUCAUUUCCAUCAUUCCCCUGUCCUACUAUAUUGGAAUGGGGAUAGCCAGCAUUUCUGCACAGAGUAACUUUGCAGUAGGAGCGGUGGUGAAUGCUACCUUCGGCUCCAUCACGGAGAUGACCUUCUACAUCACAGCUCUGCUUCAGGGGCAUCGAGCUGCCACCAAAUGUUAUGAAGAGAUAGUCAAAGCUGCACUGACCGGGACUUUGCUCGGAUGUAUACUGUUCAUACCUGGUAUCUGCAUGAUUAUUGGGGGCAUUAAACACAGCGAGCAGAGAUUUAACAGCCGUUCAGCCGGAGUGAGCUCAGCUUUACUUUUCAUAUCAAUUGGAGGUGUGUUUGCUCCAACUCUCUUCUCAAAGACCUUCGGUAAUCUGGUGUGUGAAAGCUGCACGAAUAUUCCAGGCAAUGCCAGCGUACCCUUCAUCUGCAAGGACUGUCAUUACGACACGAGUCAAACUGACCCACAGUUGAUUCUAUCCCAUACGGAGCCUCUAGUUUACACCAUUUCUGUCCUGCUGCCUGCUGCAUACCUGAUUGGCCUCAUCUUCACGCUGAAGACUCACUCCCACAUCUAUGACAUCCACAUCAGCGACGGCCACGGGGGCCAUGCACACGGUCAGUACGCACAAGAGGACGCCAGCACCCGGCACCCUACUGGGGAGGCCACCACUGGCCGUCUACUUGCCACCAACACGUGUAUUAAUGCCAGCAUUAUUGCCACCAGCCACGUUGCAACAGGUCAUCAUGUUGUCCACUGGUCUCGGUGGAGGGCUCUUGCAGUGCUCAUUGUUGCCACAGUGCUGAUGGCCUGCUGUGCUGAUCUCAGCACUGAGAACAUCGAGCCCAUUCUGGCCCAUUUCUCCAUCUCACAGUAUUUCAUUGGUGUUACAGUGUUGGCUAUGGUGCCAGAGCUGCCUGAAAUUGUCAAUGGAAUCCAGUUUGCACUGCAAAACAAUAUCAGUCUGAGCCUUGAAGUGGGCAGCUGUAUUGCUGUGCAGGUCUGCAUGAUUCAGAUCCCACUGCUCAUUCUCUUCAAUGCAUUCUAUGAUGUUGGAUUUGUUCUGGUAUUCAGUGAUAUUCAUCUUUGGGCCAGCAUCUUCAGUGUCAUUCUCGUCAACUACAUCUUCAUGGAUGGAAAAUGUGACUACUUUCAGGGAACGGUUCUAGUGGUGGUUUAUCUCAUCCUUCUGGCCCUUUACUUCUUCGCUCCUUCACCACGCUCGUGUUAAUCUACUUGCCAAAUAAAAAUACUGACACUCCAGAAGUUUAUGCCACUACAGAUUCCUUCAUCCUGGAGUGGUGUGGGUUCACAGGCAUGAAACCGUCAGCUCUGGUUGUAAUUUAAAGGAAAAAAAAAUUGGGACUCUGCUGUUGCAUUUAAUUGUAAAUUUGUGGUAUUUAUUUCUGGUUGUGAUU